AGAAGAAAGCAUGAGAAAGAAUGAGAAGGCAUGAAAAGACAUUUGUGUUGAGACAAGGCGUGUGUCCUUUUUUUUAUCUAUUUUUUAUCUAUUUUAUCUCUAUACCUCUACGUGGACAUGUCAUAAACAAAAAAAAGUUGAAACUACAAAUUUCAAUUUUCUAAGUUAUCAAAGAACCACUAAAAGCGCUGAAGGCACUGAACGUGGAACCUUCGGUUUUAUCUCUAUCUCUAUACAUACACUACUCGGCAUGCGUUUCUCAGUGUGCGCACGCGCGAUGACGUACUGGCGGAGGAAUUCCGUGCAGCAUAGCGUGAUGCUCCCCGAAGCGCAACCGCGGCGACCGCAGCGACAUGCAUCGCGAAACGGUUCGCGAGAGAAGCAAGCAAGUAGCACGACGACAUUCCAAUUAGAGAAGCUCGUUUCCCGUUCGAAUCUCAAUCGCACGUGCGCCGGCUCCGCUCAGUUUCUGCGAUCACGCAGGUCUCUAGGGUUCCGCGGGACCAAUUCCAUGGAGGAAAAGAAAAGAAAGCUUAUAUAUGGAAAGGGUAAGUGCAUAUAGCAAGAGAUUGGGAUCCGGCCUAGCUUCCACCAUCGACCCAAGUCCCCCGCUGAGAAGAACCAAGACUGACCAGACUUACCUGGCGACGAUUUUUAUUACUCGCUGUCUGUUAUAAGUCUCAUCAUCCGCCUCCAUGCAAACUUUUUAUGAGUUCUGUACAGAGGAUUAUUGCUAUGAUUUUGUAUAAUAUUAAUUCUAACUUUGUUUUUUA